CAUGGCGGUCUUCUGUCGUUGAUCUGUUGAAGAAUGGGUUGCUUAGCAACAUCGUGAUGCCGCGCCGCCAAACAUGGCAGUCGAGAUUAGCUAGAGAACAUUGAUUACACACAACAUGACGAGCACAUUUAUUCAUGCUCUGUGCUAUUAUAUAUAAUUUGAUUUAAUUCAGGAGGUAGGAUCGUUUGCGUUUGUUCAAAAGCAAACGCAGAUCUUUUAAACAUCUUGUACGCACACCUAAACAUAGUCGCUUAGCAAGUAUGCUAGCUAGUAGGCUAUCUGGCUAGUUCACUUCAUCUACAGAAAUACUGUUCCUGGAUUAACGGACAUCUAAAUCGAUGCUGUUUGUAAAUCGAGUGAUUAAUUUUAUAGGCUUUAUGGUGAUCAGAGUGCUAGUAAAAUGACUGGCUAAAUCUAGUCUAGUUUCAGGAUCGUGUGUUCGUGGACAGUAAAGCAUCAUCACCAUGCUCUUGUCUCGGAUCAAACCAGCAGUGGGUGGUGAAGCCUCCACCAGCUCGAAUGAGAAGAAAAGGAAAAAUAAAAGCAAAAAGAUUCCAAGACUUGAGGAUUAUCUAAACCAAAGAGACUAUUUGGGAGCCCUGACUCUAUUAGAGUUUCAGCGUAAUGGCGGGGUGUCAGUGGAGCAUGCAGACCUUUGGAUUGGCUUCUGUGCCUUUCAUUUGGGAGAGCACAAGAGAGCAAUGGAGGAGUAUGAAGCCCUCACUCUGAGGCCGGAGUGUCCGGUGGAUGUUUGGGUAUAUCUGGGCUGUUCGCUCUUUUUCCUGGGGCUUUAUAAAGAGGCCGAGGAGGCGGCAUCAAAAGGGCCAAAAACUCAGCUUCAGAAUCGCCUGCUCUUUCAUUUAGCUCAUAAGUUCAGUGAUGAAAAGAAGCUGAUGGGUUUCCAUCAGAACCUGGAGGACGUGACUGAGGACCAGCUGAGCUUGGCUUCCAUUCAUUAUAUGCGCUCUCAUUACCAAGAGGCCAUUGAUAUCUACAAACGCAUCUUACUGCAGAACAGAGACUUUCUGGCCCUGAAUGUGUAUGUGGCUCUGUGUUACUAUAAACUGGAUUACUAUGACGUGUCUCAGGAGGUGUUGGCCGUGUAUCUGCAGAGUAUUCCUGACUCUACCAUCGCCCUUAACCUCAAAGCCUGCAACCACUUCAGACUCUACAAUGGCAAAGCUGCUGAAACGGAGUUGAAGAACCUGAUGGAUAUCUCUUCCAGCUCGUUUCAGUUUGCUAAAGAGCUCAUUCAGCACAAUCUGGUUGUGUUUCGUGGGGGUGAUGGGGCCUUGCAGGUUUUACCUCCUCUGAUUGACGUCAUAUCAGAGGCCAGACUCAACCUGGUCAUCUACUAUCUCAGACAAGAUGACAUUCAGGAGGCCUACAAACUCAUCAAAGACCUUGAGCCCACCACACCCCAGGAAUAUAUUCUGAAGGGGGUGGUGAAUGCUGCUUUGGGACAAGAUAUCGGAUCGGUUCGUGAGAGGGACCAUUUAAAAAUUGCCCAGCAGUUUUUCCAGUUGGUUGGAGGCUCAGCCAGUGAAUGCGACACAAUACCCGGCAGGCAGUGUAUGGCCUCUUGUUUCUUCCUGCUGAAACAGUUUGAGGAUGUGCUUAUAUAUCUCAACUCAGUCAAGAGUUACUUCUACAACGACGACAUGUUCAACUUUAACUACGCUCAGGCCAAGGCUGCCCUGGGAAACUACAGGGAGGCUGAAGAGGUGUUCCUGCUCAUCCAGAAUGAGAAGAUCAAGAAUGAUUACGUUUACCUGAGCUGGUUGGCACGCUGCUACAUUAUGAAUCAGAAGGCUCGACAGGCCUGGGAGCUCUAUCUGAGACUGGAAACCUCAUCUGACCCUUUCAGCCUCCUGCAGCUCAUCGCAAAUGACUGCUACAAGAUGGGGCAGUUCUAUUAUGCAGCUAAAGCGUUUGAUGCUCUAGAGAGACUGGAUCAAAACCCUGAGUACUGGGAAGGGAAGCGUGGAGCAUGUGUCGGGAUCUUCCAGCUCAUACUGGCAGGCCGAGAGUCCAGAGAGACACUGAAGGAGGUUUUGCCAAUGUUGAGGAGCACUGGCAACCCACAAGUUGAGUACAUCAUCCGCAUCAUGAAGAAAUGGGCCAAAGACAACAGAGUGGCUCUCUGAUCGCAUUUACAAAUGUGCUAACACAGCAGUAGUUAUUAUUGGAUAUUUAUGUAAAAAAAAAUUUUUUGUAUGGUAUCCUUAUGCUUGUUCUGUCAACAAAAUAUGUGAUGAGUACAACAGUUAAGAUGCAUCUUAGAAAGAAAAAAAAUCUCAUGCUCUUAUAAAGCUACAAUAAGUGCAGCCACACUAAAACAUUUACUUAAUUAUAAGAAUUAUAUCUUUUUUUAUUUUUAUUUGCAGUUGUCAAAAAGAGAAAACUAUAUUUACAAUGUAUCCAUGUCAGUGAAUGUUUUCUGUGAGAUGGGCAAUGCAACAAAUUAGUUUAUAUCUUUUCAUACUUGAGGCAACAUAAGCCUUUAUUGUUUUGUCUUGGAAACAAUAAAUGUCUUAAUUUGACAGGUUUUAUACAAUUAUAUACAGUGCUAUGAAGAUUCAUCUGUGUUAUAGUUAUCUAGCUCAGGCAUGAUAUUUGUACACCUUUAGAACAAGUGAUAUCAAUGACUAAGGCAAUUAAAUUGUUUCAAAACAGGCUGUGACAAUCUAACAGAAAAGAUUAGAAAAAUUAAUGUUAUCGCAUCAAAAAAGAAAAAUGAAUUAUAUUGAAUUGUUAUUGGUAACACUUUACAAUAAGGAACCAGC